AGAACGGAUAGCGUGCGAGAAAUCAUAAUGGUAGCGCUUGUGUAAUAAGCAAAAAAUGCUUAAAAAUAUUCCCAAAUUAGAGCAACUAUCUUCAAGAGUAAUUCGUGUAUUGGGAUGUAAUCCUGGCCCACUCACUUUACAAGGAACUAACACAUACAUAGUAGGCACUGGAGAAAGGCGAAUUUUGAUAGAUACUGGGAAUCCAGAUGUGCCAGAGUAUAUUGAAAAUUUGCAAAGUGCACUAAAAAAAUGUCGUUGUGCUAUUCAAGAAAUUGUAUUAACUCAUUGGCAUAUAGACCACGUGGGAGGGAUAAAUGAUAUUUACAAUCACGUGCUAGAAGAAAAACCAGUAUCUUUUUCGAAGUUUGUUCGACCUGGUCAUAACGAAGUGAUUUUUAAUGCUAAAGAUUCAAUCAAAUACUCCUACAUUGACGAUGGCCACAUCUUUAAAACUGAUGGAGCUACAUUGCAAACAGUUUAUACUCCUGGUCACACAUCAGACCAUAUGUCAUUGCAUCUAAAAGAAGAAAAUGCGUUGUUUUCAGCUGAUUGUAUACUAGGUGAAGGCACUGCAGUAUUUGAAGAUCUUUUCGAUUAUAUGAAAUCUCUAGAAAAAUUACAGGCGUUAAAUAUUGGACGAAUAUAUCCUGGCCACGGUCCCGUUAUUGAAAAUGGAAUGAAAACAAUCACGGAAUACAUUAAUCAUAGAAAUAUGCGAGAAAACCAAAUCUUAAAAAUUUUCAUGGAUCAUAAAGAUAAGUCACACACGCCAAACAGUCUUGUUAUGGAGAUAUACAAGGGGUUGGAUGAAAACCUAAUCAAAAGCGCUGAAAGAAAUGUUUUAAAUCAUCUUUAUAAACUUGAGAAGGAAGGCAAGAUCAAAUGUGCAUCGAAAAAUAUGUGGAAGAGUAAAAUGUGAAAAAGAGAAUUUGAAGUAUUUGGUUACCAUUUUGUCGCUGUACAUAGAAUCUACAAUGCCUUAUGGGUAAAAACAGUUUACCGCUAGUACACAAUUUAGUCCUUUUUAUUUUCUAAGUUUUGUGAACCUAAAACAACUUUUAAAUUUAUUUCAAGCUUUUUAAGCUUUUAUGUUGGUUAAAAAACUCGGUUGAACGUACGUAUCCAUUAAAAAAAUCGAUACCAAAGUCUCUGUGGUAAAAUGUAAUCUCUUCAGUUGCAGUCACUUUGGUAAGAUGACGUCAUAACUAUUAUAAAUUUUACAUUUUUAAAUUAAACCUUUUUUAAAAUUAUAAUGAUAACAAAGAGAAAACAA